UUAGGGCAACCCCAAAUGCUUGAACCCAUCCCAUUACCAUUUUCCUUAGUUCUGUAAAGAGCAUGAAGAGUUUUCCCACUGACCCCACACAUUGAUGUGCCAUCACACUGCACAUUUCCCUCAGGAGAAUAAGCAUAUACUCGGGUGGAGACAGAACUGCCUUUUUAUGUAAGAGAAAAUGAUGCGGCCGCUUUAAGAGGAUCACGUCGGUCUGGGCUGAUGGCUUGGGUCACGUGACAGCGGUGGUCUGGUUUGCGCCUCUUGAUGAUGUCGCCGCGGCGCCCUAAGGCGGGAUUGGGCAAGGCUGGUCCCUGUGUGAUGAAACAUCAUCCUCCCAGGAGCAAGGCGGAAGUCUGGAGGACGCCGAGUGGCGGAGGCGGGAAAGGCGAUGAGUGGUCUCGGCAGGCUCCUCGGGAAGGGGAAGAAGGAGAAGGGGCCAACCCCUGAAGAAGCAAUACAGAAACUGAAGGAGACAGAGAAGAUACUGAUCAAGAAACAGGAAUUUCUGGAGCAGAAGAUUCAGCAGGAGCUACAAACAGCCAAGAAGUAUGGGACCAAGAAUAAGAGAGCCGCCCUACAGGCUUUGCGGAGAAAGAAAAGAUUGGAACAGCAGCUGGCACAAACUGACGGGACGUUAUCCACCCUGGAGUUUCAGCGUGAGGCCAUUGAGAAUGCCACCACCAAUGCAGAAGUUCUUCGUACCAUGGAGCUUGCUGCCCGAGGCAUGAAGAAGGCCUACCAGGACAUGGACAUUGACAAAGUAGAUGAACUGAUGGCUGACAUCACAGAACAACAGGAGGUGGCCCAGCAGAUCUCAGAUGCCAUUUCUCGGCCUGUGGGCUUUGGAGAUGAUGUGGAUGAGGAUGAACUGCUGGAGGAACUAGAGGAGCUAGAGCAAGAGGAAUUGGCUCAGGAGUUGCUAAAUGUGGGCGACAAGGAGGAAGAACCCCCAGUCAAAUUGCCUAGUAUACCUUCUACACAUCUGCCAGCAGGGCCAGCUCCCAAAGCGGAUGAAGAUGAAGAAGCACUAAAGCAGUUGGCUGAGUGGGUAUCUUGAUAAGUCUGGGCUCGUCUUCCUAACGCUACCUUUAUUGGUCCUUUUUCCUUAAGUGCCAAGUACUGAGCUAAAGGAGGAUAACUUUUUGGGGAAGUCCCGUUAAAGGUGGUAGUGUGACCCUGCCUGAAAAAGGGUCUUUUGCCCUCCCAGCCCUGGCUCAAAUCUGAAGAAGGAUCUUGCUCCAGGAGGAGCCGCUGGGCUCCCUUCUUUUUGAUAGCAGUUAUAAUGUCCUUGUUCCCAAUAAAAUUGGACAGACAGAA